CCCCGAGUGCAGUUGACAAUUUAUGUGUUAAUUGUUUUUGGGCAUUUCUUGUGCUUCCUGCAAGGCGAAUAAUCCACUCAAAGAACACAACUUGCAUACUUAAAAAGGCAGACGGACAAUAUGCACAGCUUGAAGUCCAGUCUAUUGUUGCUACUAGCGCUGUCUGUGUGCUUCAGUUGCUGCCAUGGCGGACAUCGUCUGAGAAAGAAGCCCAAGGUCUACAACGCACUGAUCACCACCGAUGACAAUCUGACCUCGAGUCGCGCCUAUCCCGUUAUACAGCCCACCAUACAUGAGCCGGGCUAUGCGCCCUUUGGGCCCUAUAAUCCCUUUGGCUUCUACAGUCCACCCCUGGUGAGAUUUGGCCAGCCUUUAGUGCCGGGCUUGCCGCCGAAUGAGCGGUUGCCCUAUCCACUGCCCACAGCACCGCAAUUUUCACCCGCCUAUGCAUCCUAUGAUCCCAGUCAGCCCAGCAUUGUGCCGACGGAGGGACAACCGCCACCACAGGUCCAACCACAGUUGGCGCCUCAAACUCCAGCUGAAUCGGAGCCAAAGGAGAUCAUGUCCAAGGAGCAGUUGCCCAUUGCGCUCAAUGAGCAAGGGUUGCCUCCAGCUCUCAUCAAACUCUCAUCCCAAUUUAAUGGGCCACCCAUGCAGCUGCCACCUUAUCCCUAUCACCAGUAUCCGCUGAUCUAUGACCAGACGAGCUAUCUGCGUCAACGUGAGAACUAUUUGCCACCCUACGACUACUAUCCCAGCCAGGGUUAUCCGACACGCAGUCCUCCACCGCCAGCUGAGGCGCCUUUAAUGCAGCCAGCUGAACCGGAGCUACGACCUUUGCCACUGGACAGCCUGGAUGCCACGCCCAGUUUCGAGGAUAUCAAAAACGGAUCGGAGAAUAAGAAUAGCGAUGUGCCCGACGUACCGCCGCCACCAAUACCAUCCGGUCCAAAGCGCCCCCGGCCGCAAAAUAAUUGAGGCGUUUUCUGUUUUGUGAAAUCUACGCGUAUUUAUUACCAUAUUAUUUAAGCAAUUUCGAUUUGAUGUAUCGUUUUUAAUGUAAUUCCAUAAGUUUAGUAAGUGUUCAUCAAAGAUAACAAAUAAAUUAAUAAAAA